UCAAACAGCGUGUGAAAAUGGAUGUAAAGCUGGUGCUUCUAUCGCUUGUGUUGACGAUGUUAACACCGAGGGGGAGUGCGGCUCGUUCUCUGGCAGAGAAUGUGACAGUGUUGGAGGGGGAGACGGUCACUCUGAACUGCACCGUUCAUCAUGAUAACACUUCACACCUGCAGUGGUCCAACCCCAGAAGCUACGUAGCCUUUUUCAAUGGUAUUAAAGUUCUGAGAGACAGGCGAUACAGUGUGGUUGCGCAGUCUAAAACUGAAUUGACAAUCAGCCUAUCCAAUGUAACAGUGCUGGACAAGGGCAUGUACUCCUGCUUGCAUUACAUCAAGCCUGUCACAACCAAGCAGGUCUAUGUAGAAGUCUUGGCUCCCCCUUCUCAGCCUGUACUGGAGAUGACGCAGAACACAGACACAAAGACAUUGAGGUGUUCCACCAGGGGCAGCUACCCCCCUCCCAAAAUAUCCUGGUCAAUCAACACUGAACUAGAGCUGGAUGCUCACACCCAGUACCGACAUGAAGGGAUCAGUGGGAAAACCUUUGCAGUCAGCACUCUAGUGAUCAGGUCACACAGGUCCAAUGUGCGUGUUGACUGCAUCGUUCAACACGAAGCCUUGAGAAACGCAACCCUGAAAGCCUCGCUCACUAUCAUAGACCCUUUUCAGCCCGUACUGGAGCUCACACGAGAUGGAGACAAGAAGAUGAUUCUGAGAUGCUCCACGGGGGUGUGCAGCCCCCCUCCGAAGAUCACCUGGUUAUUUAGCAGUGGGAUGGAGAUGGAUGGUGACGUCCAGUACCAAUAUAAAGGAAACAGUGACAAAUGCACGGCAUUCAGCACUUUUAUUUUCAAAAUGCAUACUCCCUUUAUCAGAGUGGAUUGCACUGUUCAGCAUAAAGCUUUGAAAAAUACAACUCUCAAGGACUCUAUUAACAUUAUAGAUAAUGGCUUUAUUGGUGACAGAAAACAAAGUACCACUCUGACAACUACCACGCUGACACCAGAGCCUACAAGCAUGGUGGACUUCCUCCCGGUGUCAACUGCAGGGUACGCAGCCAGCUCUGACCCGCCUGGAACAGACCGUCAAGGAUCUACAACUGCUCAGUAUUUUGAACCAGAAACUGCUGGAACAGAAUUCCCACCAGUCUCCACCACGGUAUAUGCACCUGGCACAGAGGAAACUACAAACCAGCCUCCCGAAUCAACCACAUCUACUGUAGAAUUUAACAUCACAUCCAGUAACCUGACAGAUGCUGAAGUAACUACAAGCAACUAUAACGAAACAACAAAUGAAACUUCUUCUCCUACUGCGGUUACGGUCACAGAAUCCGUGUCAGGAAAUGUCAGCGCGAAUUUCACUGAUCCAGAAAAGGAGGUGACCCAUCGGCUUAUUGGGAAGAAAAGCGGUACCUUACUGGUCGUGUUGGUGUCUUUCCUGAUCUGUGCUCUGCUCGUUAUUGUCUUGUACUUCGUGUCCAAGCUGAAACAAGCACAUUCGCAGUGGAAGAGAGAAAUGGAAGAAUCCAGUCAGUCACUGGAGAGCAAUAAGUCAAAAUCAAGUAACGAAGAGAAACUUUCUCAGGAGAGGAGAUGUCAAGUUAUCCCUAACUACAAUUUCAUGAAGCACACCGUUGAGCUGCACACAGAGACCGAAACAGGAAUACAACCGGAGAAAAACACCCAGACCGCAGACAGCGUGGAAACGCCGCAGGAGAACAGAGCUCCGGUGAGGGAAACGGAGCUCUAACAUGAAACGUGAAGCUGCUGUUUGGGUUGAGGUGUGAAUCUGAAAUGUGUAAACUCUGGACAGAGGGCUUGCCGGCGUCUCCUAACAAAGUGUGGAAACACAGUAUGGCUGCUAUCAAAAAUCCAAUGG